CAUGCGAUUGUAGCUGUACUGAAGGCUGCAAGAGUUUGGGAGGAGAUGCAGGGAACAUCGCAUAGGAGAGAAUAAUUCAUAAUGAUCAUAAUUUAGCCAUAGAAAACUCAAGUAAGAAGAGGUAAAUGGAAAGCGAAAUGUACUAAAUGCGUUUUGAAAUCAUGAACGCCGCAGGCAAGGUGAAAUUAUGCGCGUCACUUUUCAUGUGGCUUGGAAUAGUUACCUGGAUUGGAAAUAUGAAGUUGCAUCUUUGGUUCGUAUUUGUCCAGCAAUCUACUGAACGGGACGUUGUACUUUCUGUUGCAAACGAGCAGGUAAAUAUUUCUAAAAGACACGCGCCGGUGAACGCAGGAUGGAGCGAUGGAAAAACUUUUAGUAUUCUGGAAAACGCGAUCGAGCACCGGGUCUUCUGGAGCGCGUGGCUGGAUGGUCUCUCCACUCGUGUUUUUGACGUGGAGCACGAGAGGAAGUGGAGAGAGCAGGUCCGGGACGCUCGGGUGGUUGUGCUGGAAGCGGGGUGCGGCAGACCCACAAACCGUCUAGCGACCUUCGCCGACGGCACGAGAGCAUGCGUGCGAUACGGCAUCGACGCGGAUCAAGUGCUGGGAGAAACGCUCUCGUAUUAUCUAGCGGAACUGCUUGGGAUUUCCAACCUUCCGCCUUUGGCGCUUUCCAAACUGAACUUGUCCAGCGAGCAGUGGGCAAGUGUGCGAGGAGAUAUCGAGGCGUUAGAGUGGUCGCCAAAUGCCAUUGUUUCUCUCACUGAGUUUAUCCCAAAUGUCACUGGAGUGUUUAUUCCAUUGCAUUUGCGGAAACAGCAAGGAGCAAGUCUGCAACUCUCUGCUGAGAAUGCAUCCAACGUGACUGUAACGUAUCUGGUUGAGCUAAUGCAAUGGAGUGAUCUAGUCAUAUUUGAUUAUUUAACAGCCAACUUUGAUCGAAUUGUCAGUCACAUUUUCAGUCUCCAGUGGGACGCGCGCGUGAUGGAGAGGACCACUAAUAACCUUCUCAAAACAAUCAACGGACAUUUGCUUUUUAUUGAUAACGAGGCAGGGCUUGUUCACGGAUACAGAGUGCUUGACUUGUGGGAACGAUAUCACCGGCUACUGCUGGGUUCGUCGUGUAUUUUUCGCAGAAGUACAGUCCGGCGUAUUUCUGAGUUGAAGCGCUCCGGAAACAGCGCGAAGCUGCUGUGUGAACUGUACCUCGCGAGGGAACCGUUGGCGCGCGAGCUGGGCUGCCUGUCUGAAGAGCACGCGCUUACGUUGCAGAACAGGAUUGAUGUGGUUUACAAACACAUUAAGCAGUGCGCAGAAAUCAUGUAGACAUUUGCGAGUUAAGGUUUUUCUGUUUGUAGGUGCUAAAAAUACAUUGCUGUCUGUACUGUUAUCGGUUCAUUCCAAUGUGAAUUUUAAUGCUUAGCAGAAUUAAUGAAUAACGUGGCAGAAUAGGGAUUAUUAUAAUAACAAUUAUUGUUUAGUCUAUGGGUCGAAACAUUCCCCCUAUCCUGCUGAAAAAUAAAUAAGUAAAUAAGAUCAUAAACCAGCUUAAGCUAAUGUCUACUGGUUUUAGAAAAAUUUGGGGAGCAAGCUGGUUUAAGAUGUUUUGCUUUCAUAAUGGUCCAAAAUAAUUAUUCAAUAAUAAAGAGUAAAUGGAUCUUAUAGUCUAAAACACUGUUGCAUAUUUGUGUGUAUGCUAAACUUUUGAUAUUUUAUAUAUUUUAUUAUAUUUAUGGAUUCACCCCUUAACUUUAAAUGAAUGUCAAGUGUUGAGUGCUGUUGUUACACCUGCCACACCCAGGUGAGUUGUAACACAGAAAAUGUACUCGAUUAAAAAUCUAUAUGUUAUUUUAUUUUAUACAUUUUUCAUUAAUAUCAAUUUACAUUUUGUUCAAUUCUGUGCAAUAUCUGAAGGUCCAAUAAAAUUAAUUUUCAAAGAAGUGUUGCAAAACCUCCCUGUCUGUUCAGCCAUGAUGCUUCUCAUUUCAAUAUCAUGAGAUCAUCUUAGCAUUGGUUGAAUGUGAAUAGGCUUGACAGAAUGAUGUAUUGACUGUUCAGUGCAGCUUUAUUAUGAAUGCUGAGACAGCAAUGCCUUUCUGUAUUAUACCAUCAUCUUUAUCAGUAAUAUUGACCUCCAUGAUUGAUAUACUCUACAAAACCCUUCCUGAAAAACAAUUACAUGCAUUAUCUUCCUAGCUCAGAGUUAUGCUUUAUUACUGUAUUUGUCCCCAUUUUUAUUGGUGGAGUUACUGUAUGUUUGGUUCCAGAAAUCAGAUGUGAUGGAGGCAAGGUUAACUGUCACUAAAUAUUAAAGUGAAAUUGUAGAGCAAAGUUUCAUCAGAACACAACUUUGUGGCAUCAUGUCAACAGUUGCAGAAAUGCUUGUUUAAGAUGCAAUAUACAGCUAUAGGCAUGUGGAAGAAAUACCAUUUUGUGAGAAUUGGGAGAGGGACAUCAUUGAAACAAAUAUAGUAGAACAGAGGGCUCCAUUCCUGCAUUUCCCUACAGACUCUCAU